GCGCGGCCCCUCCCCCUCUACAGUCGAUCUGGAAAAGAAAAAAAACUUUUUGUAUCGAAGGAAUCAACAGCCGCCAUCUUGUCGUGGCUCGGAAUUGGGAUUUCGAUCAAACUAUGGCUUUUACAUAGAAAUUGAGCAUCCUUUUUACGACAUAGGAGCAUCAUCCACCCGAAAACAAAAUCUUAACAUCACGUCGGAGACAUUUUGCGUGAAAAAAUUGCAACUGAAUCGGUGGUCGUCGGGCAGAAAAGCUCCGUGUAUCUGAUUUCCCCUUCAGAGUGCGGCGAUUCAGUCCAUGUCGCCGUUUGGGAGCAGUAUUGUUAACUGUGGACGAAAGGAGACCAGACCGUGACAAUCGAAGUGAUUUGCAAAACCAGGACAUUUUAUUGCAAUUUUGCAUUUAUGUGGCGCUCCGUGUGAUUUUUGCACGAAGAAAUUUUACGUCACAAAAAUGGGUACUUUGAAGGUCUAGAAUUUACGACUUCCCCUCCGAAGCGCAGAAUUCCACCAGAUGUUAUCAAACUGUCGUGCUGAAGUUGGGUCUUUACAUGGGGAAUAUUUUAUUGUGCGUUAUUUGACGAUUAUAAUGUGGGUUUUGGGUGUUGGAUUAUCAUGGGGUGAAUGGCGGUGGCGAAGCGGGGCGCUAUUGCAUCUCUUUUGAACGGACUCUUAGCAGCAAGCAGUAGCUAACGCUAACAGUUAACUUAGCGAUUAGCCUGUUAGUUAACGUUAGCAGGCCUGCUAAUGUGAUAACUGGAAAGAUUCGUGUUGGUAUUAAAACUUAUUCAACAAAGGUGAAUAUAGUUAUUUGUGCAAAAUAACAGCUAUCGCGACUAUGGCUGAAAACCUGCUGGACGUCGGACCUCCCACCUCUAAACGACCAAAGCUAAAUUCACCUGCCCUGUCAGCUUCGGAUGGACAAGAUCUGGGAUCACUAUCCUGGGAUGAUUUGGAGAACGACCUCCCAGAUGAAUUGAUCCCUAAUGGUGGAGACCUAAACUUGAUGGGUGGGAUACCCACAAAUGGGGGAGCAGCACCUGGAACUGUUGGGCCAGGUGGACUCCCUGUUGUUCCUGAUGCAGCUGCAAAGCACAAGCAGCUUUCAGAACUUCUCCGAGCUGGUAGUACCUCCAGUAUCACAGGCACGGGGUUGAACUCAUCUAGUCCUCAGCCAGGUGGUAUGGGGCCACAGCUGGGGACACCACUGGGUAAGAGCCCUCUUAGCCAAGGCUCUCCAAACAACCGUACGUCUCCUCAGGCCCAAAAAGCAGGAACACCAACAGGAAUGGCUGGGCAGAACAACAACAACAAUAAUACAACAAUGGGCUUAAACACAUCAGGCUUCAACCAGACUAUGAUAAACAAUAGCCAAGGACAUGCUGGGCUUCUGGCACAGGGGGCACCGUCCCAACCAGGGCCAGUGUUAAAUGGUGGUCUUGGCCCAGGGACUGGUAGAGGUCGUGGAGUUGGAGUAGCAGGUAUCCAGUACCCAGGAACAACACCAGGAGCAGCAGGUACGGCUCUGGCAGAAACACUCAACCAGGGUGGGCAGCAGAUGGGCACUCUUGCUACUCUGAAUGCAGCCCAACCAGCAGGCAACAUGAACAAGGUUGGCCUAAGUAGUAAUGGGGCUCCUUUUGGCACCCAGCCCUAUGGUCAGGGUGCUGCAGGGCCGGGCCAGCAGCUCAACCAUCAGCAGCAGCAGCUUCAGAACAAGGCCGCCCUUGCAAACAGUCUGCCACCAUUCUCUAAUGAUCUCAAGGGGACUGCUGUCAACAGCGUACCAAAUGCGCAGCUCCAGCAGCAGCCUCAGCAGCAGGUGGCAAUGCUCCCCCUGGCUGGCAGUGGAGGUGUGGCAGUGCCUUCUGCAGGACCUACAGCUGACCCAGAGAAACGCAAACUGAUCCAGCAGCAACUGGUUCUGCUGCUGCAUGCGCACAAGUGCCAGCGGCGGGAGCAGGCCAAUGGGGAGGUGAGGGCCUGUGCCCUACCUCACUGCCGCACUAUGAAGAACGUCCUCAACCACAUGACCCACUGCCAAGCAGGCAAAUCCUGUCAGGUGGCCCACUGUGCAUCCUCCAGACAGAUCAUUUCCCACUGGAAAAAUUGCACACGACAUGAUUGUCCCGUUUGCCUCCCACUGAAGAACGCCAGUGACAAGCGCACACAGCAGCCUAUGCUGAGCUCUCCUACUGCAGGCCUUCAGAACCCCAUGUCUUCAGUCAGUGUGGGUCAGCCUAGUGCUUCUACCAACAAUACCUCAGCCCCCAUAGAUCCCAGCUCCAUGCAGAGAGCCUACGCAGCACUUGGACUGCCCUACAGUAGUCAGCCCACUGGGCAAGCUCAGGCCCAGCAGGCUCCCGGGCAGACGGCAGGGGCACAAAAUGCACAGACCCAGCAACAGCUUUCCCAGCAGAUGAGGCCCAUCAAUACGCUUGGUAACCAGAUGGCUCUUGGAGGUGCGGCCAUGGGUGUAACCACUUCAGAACAGACCAGCCUUCACACAGAUGCUCUUCCCAACACACUAAACACUAAUAAUCAGCUGCUAGCAGAUGGAUCAGCCGUGGGAUCAAUGGUAAACACACCGGCUGCAGCCCCUGUCACUGGGAACAGGAAAGCCUGGCAUGAGCAUGUCACUCAAGACCUGCGUCAUCACCUUGUUCAUAAAUUAGUACAAGCCAUAUUUCCUACCCCUGAUCCGGCUGCUUUAAAGGACAGAAGAAUGGAGAACCUGGUGGCCUACGCUAGAAAGGUGGAAGGAGACAUGUACGAGUCAGCUAAAAGUCUGGAUGAUUACUAUCAAUCCUUGGCUGAGAAAAUCUAUAAAAUCCAAAAGGAACUGGAAGAAAAGAGGCGUUCAAGGCUACAGAAGCAGAAUACUACCCAGACACCGAUGGCUGCUCAGGGCACCCAACAACCAGGCCUUACACAGCCUAAUGCCAUGGGUCCAAGGCCACAGAAUGGACCUGUUUCCCUGCCAAACUUGCCAAAUCAGAUCAUGAAUCGCAUGCAAGUCUCACAAGGAAUGAACCAGUUCAACCACAUGGCACUGCCAAAUGCCCAGAUAUCCCAGGCACCAAUAGGAGCACGAGCUGCUUCACCCAUGAACCAUCCACAGCAAAUGAACAUGACCUCCGUCCCAGUGAUGGGCAUGUCUCCCUCCAGAAUGCCACAAGCCCAGGGCAUGAUGGCUGGACAUAGUGGCGGCAACAUAGUGGGCCAGACGGCCAAUCAAGGACAGUUUCUUGCUCAGACUCCGUUCCCUCCAGGAUCUAAUGGUGUUGCGGGCACAGGCACCAUAAUCCCUACUGUGGGGCCUAACAUGGGUCAGCCACAGGCUCAGGCUGCCGUCACUCAGCAGCAGCAGCAGCAGAACGCUAACCCCCCUACCAAUGCCCUCGGGUCCUCACUAGGCCCUCAGCUAGUCUCCUCUCAAACUCCCAUGCAUUCUACGCCUCCAUCUGCUGCCUCCACAGCUGGGGGAGCCACUAACCUGCCACAUCCCCAGCCCUCAAGCCGCAGCUCAACCCCCACUCUUCCUGGCCCUGUACAAUCUCAGGGUGCUACCACUCCCUGUCCCACUCAGCCCCAACCUCAGGUGGAGCUCUCCACAGCAGCACAGACGCAGCCCCUGCCUCAGCCCCCUACCACGCCGCUGUCUCAGCCAGGAGCCAGUCUGGAUAACCGGGUGCCCACACCAGCUUCAGCUGCCAGUGCCGACCUCCACUCACAGCAUGUAGGAGCAGAUCUGCCAGUCAAAGAGAUUAAAGCAGAGACACACCACGAGCAACAAGAAUUUGAGGCCGCUGGCGGCAAGACUGAGAUUAAGAUGGAGACUGAGGAUGAUACUGCUUCAGUGUCAGUAAAGAAGGAAGAGCCAGAGGAAAAGCCAGAGCCUAUGGAGGUAGAGGACAAAAAGCCGGAAAUGAAGACAGAACCCAAAGAAGAAGAAGAGGGAGGAGCCAACAGCACAACCUCGUCAUCCCCGUCUCAGUCACGGAAGAAAAUUUUUAAACCGGAAGAGUUGCGACAGGCUCUAAUGCCAACUUUGGAGUCACUCUACCGGCAGGAUCCAGAGUCACUGCCUUUCAGGCAGCCUGUAGAUCCCAUGCUUCUUGGUAUCCCGGACUACUUUGACAUCGUUAAGAAUCCCAUCGAUCUGUCUACAAUAAAGAGAAAGCUUGACACAGGCCAGUACCAGGAACCGUGGCAAUAUGUUGAUGAUGUCUGGCUGAUGUUUAACAAUGCUUGGCUCUACAACCGCAAAACAUCCCGUGUUUACAAGUAUUGCUCCAAACUGGCAGAGGUCUUUGAGUCAGAGAUUGAUCCUGUCAUGCAGGGCCUUGGCUACUGCUGUGGGAGGAAGUAUGAGUUCUCUCCUCAAACUCUGUGUUGCUAUGGCAAACAGCUCUGCACAAUACCUACAGGAGGGACAUACUACAGUUACCAGAACAGGUACCAUUUUUGUGAAAAGUGCUUUAAUGAGAUCCAGGGGGAGAGUGUGACACUGGGGGAUGAUCCAGCACAGCCACAGACAAUGAUAUCUAAAGACCAGUUUGAAAGGAAGAAGAAUGACGUACUCGACCCUGAACCGUUUGUUGAAUGUAAAGACUGUGGAAGGAAAAUGCAUCAGAUAUGUGUCCUCCAUUAUGAAGUCAUUUGGCCAUCAGGAUUUAUUUGUGACAACUGUUUGAAAAAGAGCGGGAAAACGAGGAAGGAAAACAAGUUUUCGGCAAAAAGGCUGCAGUCAACUCGAUUGGGAAUGUACAUAGAGGAUCGUGUGAAUAAAUACUUGAAGAGACAGAACCAUCCAGAGGCUGGAGAAGUGUUUGUGCGAGUAGUUGCGAGUUCUGACAAAACUGUGGAGGUGAAACCAGGCAUGAAAACCAGGUUUGUUGACAUGGGUGAAAUGCCUGAGACCUUAACCAAAGCACUUUUUGCGUUUGAGGAAAUUGACGGUGUAGAUGUUUGCUUCUUUGGCAUGCACGUGCAGGAGUAUGGUUCUGAGUGCUCAUUUCCCAACACUAGACGGGUCUACAUAUCGUACCUUGACAGUAUUCACUUCUUCAGACCUCGGAUUCUUCGAACAGCAGUGUACCAUGAAAUCCUUAUUGGCUAUCUAGAAUAUGUCAAGAAGCUUGGGUAUGCCCAGGGGCACAUCUGGGCCUGUCCUCCAAGUGAAGGAGACGAUUACAUCUUCCACUGCCACCCUCCUGAUCAGAAGAUCCCCAAGCCUAAGAGGCUGCAGGAGUGGUACAGAAAGAUGCUGGAAAAAGCCUUUGCGGAGCGGAUCCUACAUGACUAUAAGGACAUCUUCAAACAGGCAACUGAGGAUCGACUUACCAGUGCCAAUGAGCUUCCUUACUUUGAAGGCGAUUUCUGGCCCAAUGUGCUGGAGGAGAGCAUUAAGGAGUUGGAGCAGGAGGAGGAGGAGAGGAAGAAAGAGGAAAAUACAGCUGCCUCUGACACACCAGAGGGCACACCUGGAGACAGCAAAAACGCUAAAAAGAAGAACAAUAAAAAGACCAAUAAAAAUAAGAGCAGUGUGAGCCGAGCCAAUAAGAAGAAACCUGGGAUGCCGAAUGUAGCCAAUGACCUAUCACAGAAGCUCUAUGCCACAAUGGAGAAGCACAAAGAGGUGUUCUUUGUCAUUCAUCUCCACUCUGCCCCCAUGGUGAACACUCUGCCCCCUAUUGUUGACCCUGACCCCUUGCUCUCCUGUGAUCUGAUGGAUGGCCGGGAUGCGUUUCUGACUCUUGCCAGGGACAAGCACUGGGAGUUCAGCUCCCUCAGGAGGUGCAAGUGGAGCACCAUGUGCAUGCUGGUUGAGUUGCACAACCAGGGACAGGACCGCUUUGUCUACACUUGCAAUGAGUGCAAGCACCAUGUGGAAACACGCUGGCACUGCACUGUUUGCGAGGACUUUGAUCUUUGCAUCAACUGUUAUAACACAAAGGGCCAUGACCACCAAAUGGUGAAGUGGGGUCUUGGCCUGGACGAUGACAGCAACAGUCAGAGUGGAGAAGCCUCCAAGAGCCCACAAGAAAGCAGACGGCUUAGUAUCCAGCGCUGCAUCCAAUCCCUGGUCCAUGCUUGUCAGUGCCGCAACGCCAACUGCUCAUUACCAUCAUGUCAGAAGAUGAAGCGAGUGGUUCAACACACCAAAGGCUGCAAGCGCAAAACCAAUGGUGGCUGCCCUGUGUGCAAGCAGCUUAUUGCUCUAUGCUGUUACCAUGCAAAGCACUGUCAGGAGAACAAGUGUCCUGUACCAUUCUGCCUAAACAUCAAGCACAAGCUACGUCAGCAACAGCUUCAGCACAGGCUUCAGCAGGCUCAACUAAUGCGUAGGAGAAUGGCCACCAUGCAAGGAAGAACCAUGCCCCUCCCAUCACCACCGGCAUCAGCUGCUCCUAGUACUCCUACUUCCCAUGGCCAGCCCAACACACCUCAAACACCCCAGCAGCCUCUUUCUAGCCAGCCGCCCACUCCCAAUUCAGCAGGUGUCAUGUCUCCCUCAUUUCCUAACGCCUCGCGCAAUGGCCAGCCUCAAACAUCGGUCUCCCAGGGAAAGCCUGGGCCUCAGGCCUCUCCUCUACACCAGCAGCAGUCCCCUCUCCCUCAGCCACCACAGCCCCCACAGCAGCUACAGCAACAGCCUCCACUUGCUGCAGUCAAAAUGGCACGACGCAUUGAGAUGAUGGCACAAGCCCAGCAGAACCAGCAGAAUUACCGUAACGGCUUGUCUAUGAACCCCCAACAGCCUCAGCCGCGCAUGACUGGGCCAAUGCAGACCCAGUUGCAAAUGGUCCAAGGACCCCGUGGACCACAGGUCAUGCAAACUGGAAUUGCUCAAGGUCAGUGGCCUGGAGCUGCAGGACCCAUGCAGGCAGCUCAGACCCAACAACCAGGUCUUGUUCCUGGUCAGACACCACAGCAGACAGUGACCAUGCAGAGAGCUUUAAUGGCUCCAGGACAGCAACAACAGCAAGGCCAGAGGAUGCUGAUACCACAGCAACCUGGUGUCCGUAUACAAACGCCCCAGAGGACUGGUACAAUAGCCCCUAAUGCCCUGCAAGAGCUUCUGCGUACACUCAAGUCUCCCAGCUCGCCGCAGCAGCAGCAACAAGUUCUUAACAUCCUCAAAUCUAACCCUCAGCUAAUGGCUGCUUUUAUAAAACAGCGAACAGCCAAGUACCAUGCCAACCAGCCACAGCACCAACAGCAGGCUGGUCAGCAACCACAGCCUGGAAUGCCCCCAAUGCAGGCUAUGGCCAUGCCAGGAGCAACGGUACAGAGGCCAGGGAUGCCUCAACAGCAGCCCCCUGCGCAGAGUAUGGCAGCACUAGGGGCUCAAGGGCAACUAGUAAAUGCAGCACACAACACCAACCCACAAAUCCAAGAGAUUUAUCGCAGACAACUUCUAAGGCAACAGCAGCAGCAGCAGCAGGCAGUGAUGCCUCAGGGCCACCCCGGACAGUUCCCUGCACAGACACAGGGUACGGCAGCUACGUAUUCCCAGAUCCGUAUGCAGCAACAGCAGCAGCAGAUAGCCAUGCAGACAGGCCCAGGAUCAGCGGGGGGGCCCAUGGGUCAGCUCCCGUCCAUGGCUCAGAUGUCACAAUCGGGCAUGGGGAUGGACUCCACCCAAAACCUGCUUCAUCAACGCAUGCUUCAGCAACAACAACAACUUCCCCAGCAGCAACAGGCUGUCCUCAAGCAGCAGAUAGGUUCCCCCGCACAGCCAAGUCCAAUGAGCCCACAGACUCAUUUACUGACAGGCCAACCCCAGGGUGGAGCCCACCUCCCUGGACAGCCCACACUAACCAAUACCCUUAGCAACCAGGUCCGCUCCCCUGCACCCGUCCAGUCCCCCUGUCCACCACAGCAGCAACCACAGCCACCACAUUCCUGUCCCUCGCCACAGAUCCAAAACCAACCCCAACCCUCGCCACAACACCCACCACCGCCACACUCGGGUUCCCCCCACCCAGGUCUAGGGGGCCCACUGCAGUCUAUGGAGCAGGGACACUUGGGGACACCUGAUCAGAGUGCCAUGCUACCACAACUUAACACACCCAACAGGGGUGGGCUGAACAGUGACUUAGGGAUGGUGGGAGAUGCUACAGGAGACACUUUGGAGAAGUUUGUGGAAGGAUUGUAGCAUUUCUGCUGGGAACUGAAGAACAGUCUCACUCCCAGGUACCUGUCCUCCCACUUCUUCCCUAAGGACUCUUUAAGCUGUAAGCUUUGUUCUAAGUUUGAAAACCCUUUUGUACUAAGUAAAAAGUUGUGAAAAGAGAAAAUUAGGCUGAGAAUAAUAGAAAAUGUCACUUCUAGGGAAUGAAAUUGUUUCCAAGCCCAAGCUGAAAUAUAUUUCUUCCUUUGGAUAAUGGGAAAAUUGCAAGAUUAUUCGUAAUGAAAAUAAAUCAAAGAAUAUAUUUUUUGUUUGAGACCAAAUGUGUUCAAUAAUCAAUUUAUUUUUUGGUUUGCGUUGGUAUGUUUCAUGCCUUUUUUUAUUUUUUCCCCUUUUUCAAACAAAAAAAUGUACAAUUUCAUUAUAUUAUAUUCAUAUCUUUUUAUUUUGUACCUUUGGAAAAAAGUAAUACUUUUUUGUGUUGAAACUGUAAAAUAAUUUGUCUGGGUAUUGGGCCAGGUUUUUGUUUGCAAAUUGUCAUUCCCAGCAAUUGUUAUCUAGUGUUGUUCCAUUACUCCAAGAUCAUGCGUUCAGGGACAGAGACUGCUCCCUCUUUUUUUGUCUAUGAAGAGCACUCAGUUGUAUAAAAAUAGGAAAUAGACUUUGCCAGGUUGUGAAUACAAAGGCAUGUAUGCAGGCACACAUGAAGACACUGACAGAAAUCCCUCAGAAACUAGAGAAACACAGCUUUACCUGGUUCCAACAAAACUAUGGCAAGGAGUACAAGCUACAUCUCAGUGGUUUAAAAUUUGACAAAGCUGUCCGGCGAGUGUAGUAAACUGUUUUUUUGACCUUAAAGUGUCAUACAUUUAUGUCAUAAAAAUCCCUCGACUGUAAAGACUGUAAGAAAGGAGGUGCAAUGUGCUUUGGUUGUUUGUAGACCACGUUUUGAAUGAUACCCUGUCCGUCAAGUUUUACACUAGGUUUGUGUUUUCCACAGAGGAAAGACACAUUGGAGAUUCACAACUUGAAAUUCAAUUGUGGAACUGACCCUCAUUACACUCAAAGAAAUACUUGAUUAGGGGGAAUUUAAUUUUCUCAUAUUGUAAAUCAAGUUAAUAAAUGACUAUAAAUAUAAGAGAACGCAUUCACUGUAUAGUGGUAAAGACUCAUUUCUUACUUAUAUACCAUAUUGUUUAAUAAACUGUGUGCAACAGAUGAACUCUA